AUAAGCAUCCUGGUCAUUAUUAUCUAUCUUCACAUGUUGGAGAAGUUGUACUGCCAAUCAGGACAUCUUCUGCCCAUCAUUUCUUCCAUGCUUCAUUAUUCUUGUUGUCUCUAGUACCAAGGUGAACUUGCAGUUCCUUCUGUUCUUCAAACCCCUCGCAGAGUUCUGUAGAAAUUGGAGGCCUGGAGUUGGGAGAGAAAGUGAAGAUCUCUCAUCAUCCAGACCAAGCUGAAUCAUGGUCUUCUUCUGUUCUCCUCAUUGGUAGCUAUACCACACAGCAAUAACUCAUGGUAUAUCAGUCUGGUUCUUGGUGACUAAAGCUCAGUCUAAGAAUCCAUGGCAGACACUGCAUCAGAAGUGUUCAUGGAAACAUCCAUUUCUUGUUCGGAAACGCCAAGAACUAGUCACUCUUCUUAUCUGCAACAACGGCACUCAAGAAGUGUUGUAAGCACACAUGGAAAUGUAUUGGACAUAUCGCCACGGCUCUCCUAUCACAAACCUACAACCAACAAAGAUAAGAUGCUCCGCAGAAGGUCUUCCGUUAACCUGCCAGAGCAUUUGCCUGAGCAUCAAAUGAUUACAAGUGCAGAACAAAGUGGGAGAACUAUAUCAAAGUCUGUUGCGGAUUUAGUUUGGGAGAUAGCAGCCCUUGAGGAGGAAGUUGUUCGCAAGGAACUGCAUUUGCUUUCCCUCUACAGGGCAGCAUUUGAUCAACAUCUAGGUGUAUCCCCUCGUGCUUCUGUUCAGGUGGAUAAAGAAAUACACCAUCAAAAUAGCAGAAAGAAAGCUGACGAAGGUGCCCUCCGACUGAGAGAUAUUAAGGAGUCUGCAUCCUACAAGUUGCCAACAGUUUCAGAUUCUAAACUUGGGCUGUCAAGAACAUCUUCAGGGCAUUCUAGUCUUGCAAAUUUCUUGAGUGCUUCGAUCACUGAAUAUGUACCCAAGAUUUCAUGCAAACUUUCAGAGGACAUUAUAAGAUGCAUUUCUUCAGUAUACUGCAAACUUGCAAGUCAGCCAUCACAAAAAGUGCCAGAUUUUGAGACUUUAUCAACUCCUUCUUUUUCCUCUUCAUCAAGUACAUUUUCUCUAAAGCAUCGCGUUGAUAGCUGGAGCCCCCGAUGCCAUUACAAUGUCAACAAAAGCUCUGACAACUAUGAUCCAUUAAAUGAGAAUAGUGAACAAUAUAGUGGGAUGAUAAUAUGCCCAAGGAUAUAUAUAGAUGCAGAAAAGUUUGAAUAUGCCUCUAAAAUGCUAGAGACUGUCAGACCGCUGAUAAAACGGCUUGAGAAAAUUGACCCAACAAAAAUGGCACAUGAGGAGCAGCUUUGUUUCUGGAUCAACAUCCACAACGCUUUGGUGAUGCAUGCUUUUAUGGCUUAUGGACUUCAGGAGAAACGCAUGAAAAACACAGACAUGAUUCUGAAGGCUGCAUAUAACGUGGGUGGGAUUUCAGUAAAUGCUCAAAUUAUUCAGAACUCAAUUAUUGGAUGCCAAUCCCAUCGUCCUUCAGUGUGGGUACGGACACUAUUUACUCCGCUGAAAAGAUCGGCAUCAGGGAGCUCCACACAUCCAUAUGCUCUUCAUCCUCCAGAGCCACUUGCCCAUUUUGCUCUUUCCACUGGAGCAUUUUCAGAUCCACCUGUGAGACUGUACACUGCCAAGAAGGUGAAUCAUCAAAUGGAUCAAGCCAGGAGUGAGUUCAUUCAAGCAAGUGUCAUCGUCAGAAAGCAAACAAUCUUUCUACCUAAAGUCCUCCAUCAUUAUGCGAAAGAUGCUGUUCUCGAGUUGCCUGAUUUGGUUGAGAUGGUAUGUGAGAGCAUGCCUGAAGCUCAACAAAAGGAAAUCAGACAAUGCCUUAGAAGGAGGAUAGAGAAGUGUGUUGAGUGGAUCCCCUUCAAAUCAUCUUUCAGAUAUACUAUACAUAGGAGUUUGGCUGAGUAGGCUCUGUUCUCCCCCCCCCCCCCCCCCCCCCCCCACUUUCCCCAAUUGUGCUUGUAAGUAAUGAACGAAUAACAAAUGAUUGGUGUAUAUGUGUAGUGUAAAUAGGUGAUUGUGAUAGUUUCCAAGGAUAGGAAUGCUGUAUUUUAAUGUUUCCCCCUUAAUGCUGUAGUGGUACAACUCACUUGGGCAUUUCAGUUGAGAAGAGCAUGCCAACAGGAAAAU